AUGAAUACAACGCUUCUCGAUAGUUUCAUUGUUUCAGUAAUUUCAAGUCGAGCCAAUGCGAUGUGCAGGAAAGGAAGUAUAUACCAAAUGAAGUUCGAUAAGUACUUUGUCACUGAUUUGCUUGAUAAUGUUUCAGUUGUUCUCGAUAAAGAACCAUCACUUCUAUAUCUUCCGUCAGAUAUAGUAGUUGUUGGUGACAUUCAUGGCAAUAUUGAUGACCUUAUUCGAUUUUUCACAACUUGUGGAUAUCCUCCCCAAACGAAAUAUCUAUUUUUAGGUGAUUAUGUUGAUCGUGGUGCUAAUGCAGUAGAAGUUGUACUACUUUUGUUUGCUUUAAAGCUUAAAUAUCCAGACAGUAUCUAUCUCUUACGUGGAAAUCAUGAAUGCGAAUCUCUUACGACUGCAUAUGGCUUUAGAACUGAAGCUAGUAACAGAGUUGACAAAGAAACAUACUUCUUAUUCACAAAUACUUUUCAAUAUUUACCAUAUGCAGCUGUUAUCAAUAAAGAAAUCUUUUGCGUUCACGGUGGCAUAUCCCAAUUUAUUCACUACAUCGAUGAAAUACAAGAUCUCAAGAAAUCAUUGAAGAUUCCUUCUGCAGGACCAAUUGCAGACUUAUUGUGGUCAGAUCCUCGCGAUCGUGUCGAAGAAUAUCAUCCAAGUGAUAGGAAAGUCGGAUACUUCUAUGGCUGGAAAGCUGUCAAUAAUUUCAUGAAAGAUAACAAAUUAAAGUUAAUUGUUCGCUCCCAUGAAGCUUGCGAUGACGGAUACAAGUGGGCAUUCAAGAAUGUUGCAAGCGCAAAAGGAAAAUGCUUAACAAUAUUCUCAAACAGUGAUUAUUCGCAAGAUUCAAACAGUGCUUGUGUUUUGAAAAUUGAUAAGGACAAUAACUACGAAAUCAUUCAUUUUGAACGUCAUCACUGUGGUCCAUUGGCUUAUCCGACCUGGUUACCUCAAAAUAAUACAGAACAAGUCGCUUUUAGAAUGAUUAAGAAAUCUAAAGACGAUAAUGGUUCGUAUGAGAGCUUUGACGACUUCUUUGAUGAGUUCUACAACUCAAAUGAUGACGAUGAUGAUAAUAACAAAGAAGAAGAUGACGAAAAUGAAGAAAUUUAA